AUGGAGUCCGCUCCGCUCACCCUGUCCACUCCCCCGCACGUCAUUCAAACUGAUUAUCGCAAGGCCCACACCCACGCCCGCAAUGCGGUCCUCGAAACCCGCAAGUCGAACCCGGUCGCUGCCAGCGAGGAGCAUGAUUUGGCUGCCGGCGAGUUUGCAGCUGCAGCUCUUAAUAAUCCCGACCAGGAAGCUCUCCGCACUCUGCAACUACUCGAGAAUCACCACAAGAAGCUGGCCGAAAUUCUGAGAUUCCAGCAUGAGCACCCUGCCAAUACUGAGGAAUCUACCGCUACGGUAUCGCUAAGUCCAACGGCUCAAUACCCCCCAGAGAGCGGCCAGACAAAAGCCGGGGCUGGGGCGCCUAUCAACCAAGAUGCCCAAGGUCAACCUCCAAGGCUCCCAGGGAAUCCUCGGAUACCCAGCCGAGAGUCUUCGUCGAUUGCCAGCAACUUAGCUUCGGCUCGAGGCAUCCCGGCUCAACCUCGUCGUGGAUCACCGGUGUCGCCCACCCUUUCCGCCCAUCAAGCUGGGGCGAAGAUGACAGAUGGACCGUCAAAAAUCAAAACGGGCGAAUCGAGAUUGCGGGACGUUCCCAACAAAAAUCGAUCUAACCGAUCAUCGGUCCCUAGGCAGCCCUGGUCACCUCCACAUCCACAACCCAGCCCCACCGAUAUCACGUCUCAGGAACUUGUUCCAGAAUCCGCCAAGACUGGGUAUACCAACGCGAAUGCUUCCAAUGCAGAUGAACCAUUCCAGCGAUUUUAUUCUACAUUUGAAGGCCUCAUCUCCAAGAUCUCUGCGCCUCUGGCAUUUGCAGGACUGCCUCUCGGGACAGAGGGCUCUACCAAAACCAACACUCCAACACGCAAGUCCUCGGCAGAGACGAAGGUAGACCGUCAUCAUGCGACCUCCGAUAAGGGAAAUACCCUGGCUGAGUCGGAUGUGAACCGACUCUUCUCCAAGGCUGCUUUACGCUCAAUUCGCGAUACCCCAGGAUCCAGUCCUGGAAAUACCGCGGAGUCCUUCUACGUGGUCCCUACAACAGGUGGAACUAUGUCAUACGCAGGCAUUAUGACCCGAGCCGAGAAAGAGGCGCGUCGAAACAGCUUAGAUGACGGCGACGAUGACUUUGUGGAUGCACGAGAAACCCCAUCUUCGCCGGAGAUGCGGCUUAGUACAGGAAGUUCCAAAACCCGUACAAUGCGUCGCGGUGCUGCUGAUAAUAAACUUACCAGCCUCCAAAAUCCCAAAACAUUGGAGGAGUUGCAGAUGGAGAACCAAGCUUUAAAGCACCUGUCUGACACCCUCUCUAAACGGCUUCACAUGUGGGAAGUCAACGCACAAUCAUCAUCCAUGGCGCUACAGCAGUCAUUGAGGGCAAUCCACCACCAGUCCCCGGAAGCUGUGCCGCAUGGUUCAUCUGCCAACACCUCUCCAGUGGCCCAAAUGUCCGUUCCACACCCCUUUUCAGACACAGAUGACAGAGUUAAGGAAUUAGAGGACCUUGUUCGUCGCGGCGAACAAGAGCUAGAACGUGUUGGAAAAGAAAAUGACAAGUUGAAAAAUGUCCUUAACCGUUACCGUGAUCGUUGGGAAAAACUCAAGGAGGGAGCUAAAACACGACGAGCUGAAGUUCGAUCCAAUGACAGCCCUACUAAUCCAUCGACACCUACCGGAAGCUCGAGAACACUGGAAAUUCCUCUCUCGCCACACCCUGACACGGUGGAAUCCCCUAGCAAAUUCAAUACUCAGCAAACUACCGGGAGAGAAGACGAAAGGAAACAGGACUCGGCGAGCCUCUGA